UCUAGGACCAAGUUAUACGCUGGAAUACAAACAUGUGGAGGUCCAACAUGGCGUUGAUCCUUGGAGGAAAAACGCUGGUCUGGAAAGUUUUUUUACUACUUUCGGUUUCACAUUUCUCACUUGGUGAACUGGUCGACUUUACCUGCUUCAAUGACAACCCCAUCCUUUCUCUUACUGCUGAAAGAACGUUCAUCAGUGGCUACAAAGGAAACUCUACUCUGUUAAAUGAUGCUGUUUCCUUCGGGAGAACUGUUGUUACUGCCACCGGCGAUGGCUUGCCAACCUCAUGUUCAUGCAUACCCAGCCCCGGCAGUGGUCAGGGGUCAUCGAUUGUCCAGCAAUUCAUGAAUUGCCGAAGUGGUUUUUGCUCCUGCACCGGGACUGGAUUUAGUGAUUGCCGGUAUCGGAUCGGAGCUUUUUAUUGUCAGAUUAGGACAGGAACCACCGGGGAGAGGAUAACGACGAUAACUCUGAAUUCAGAUGCUGUCAUCAUUCCAGAGCGGCAGACCAUCACCGUGAGCACAGGAGAAUCUCUCACGCUUUCAGUCACCACUACGUUGUCUACGCCCCCAAACUAUAAAUGGAGAAGGACGUCAGCUACGCCUUAUUUUAGUGGUUGGCUAGAUAACUGGGAUGGUGCCCACUCUCCCACUGUAAAUUCUGUCACAACAGCUGAUGGGGGUGUGUAUGAGUGCCAUGUACCCCGGCAAAGAGCAGAAGGGCGCCACGCUAUCAUCAGAGUUAUUGUCAGAGAGUGCCCCAGUAACAUGUGGGGACCUUCUGAUGGCUGUCAGAACCCAUGCCCAGUAUGUUACAAUGGCGGCAUGUGCCAUGAUGUCAUCGGGGAAUGUAUCUGCGCUCCAGGCUUCAGUGGCUCUCACUGUCAAAUCGCAAAUGGAAGGAAUGCAUUUGGCCUGAAUGGCACAGUGGCGUGUGCAACAGCUGAGGAUCGUCACAGUACGGCAUGCCAAGGAAAACUGUUCUGCCUUCAAGAUCCAUUUGGCUGCAUCUGCGCGGCCGGCUACAAGGGAAUUGGCUGUAAUCAGGAGUGUGAUGAAUCAAACACUUUUGGACCAUACUGCUCACAAACCUGCCACUGCGCAGACGGCAUCACUUGUUUGAAGGACACCGGUGAAUGCAACGAUCCAUCGUGUACUGACGAAUACUGCCCUCAACUUUGCGCCCCGGGAUGGAAGGGAAAGAAUUGCCAAGUUCAGACACCAUGUGCUCUUGGUUAUUAUGGCGAGCUCUGUCUGGACAGAUGCAAUUGCCGUGACAACGAAGCAUGUGAUGAGGAAACAGGAGUGUGCAGCCGUGGCUGUGCUGACGGUUACAGAGGAGCAGCAUGUGAUCAAGAUGGAAGUAGAGCUAUUGCCUAUUUUGGGCAAAUCGGAAAGCCCAAUGCAGGUCAGCCAGUCACGGUCCGCUGUGAGGCAAUGGGGAACCCCCUCCCUAGAGCCAGUGAUGUCAUAUUACAGGACAGAGUCGGUCAACGAAUUAGACCAGAUCGAUCGUUGGAAUCUUCUGAACUGAAUGACUACAAACGAAUCAGUGAAUACAUUUUGACAGCUGAAGGGUCAGUCUCUGGGAGAGAGUUGACUUGUUACGUUCACCUAUCAGGAUCCAACUAUCUCACUGAAUCGUUAACUCUGGAUUUAUAUGAACCACCCUAUCUUGAAUCGGCCCCUAGGGCAGGUGACAGAGAUGCCUCGAGCAUCACCGUCAAUUGGGAUUCGUGGUCUCCGUCGCAAGGUCGUGGUGGUGGUGACGGGCCAGUCCUACGCUAUGAGGUACAUUACCGGCGCUGGAGUGAUGCCGCAGAUAACAUGGUGUAUGAUUAUGCACUCACGACCAGCAACGCAAGCACCUCAUUGGUCGUCUCUGGACUCGAGGUUGACACCCAGUAUGACUUUGUUAUUAUUGUCGUCAGGGAGGGGGAGGGCGGGGCUGGACCGCCCAGCCGUAAGGCAACCAUCUCAACAACUUGUGCAGCUCCAACUGCACCUCCCGUUGCUCAGCUGGGUGUGGUGAGUGGUACAGAACUCCAUCUCUCAUGGCAGCUCCCUGAUGAAUCUACCAGACAGUGUGAUAGCUUGGAGAACAUCCAGAUCUAUGUUAAACAGAGGUCCGACAGCGAGUUCCCAGCAUUCCCUUCUCAAUUAGACCCUUCAGGAACGGACACCAGACUAGGUUCACUGAUACCCUGCACUCAGUAUGACGUGUACAUCACAUUCAGCAACCGGGGUGGCUUGACCAGCCCCAGAAGUAACACAGUCAGUGCAACGACUGCCACAACAGUAUCCAGCUUCAUUCCGACAGUGAACUUGCAGAAGUCAGAUGUCACAUCUGACAGCAUACGCUUCACAUGGGAUGAGGUUCCCUGCGAGGAGGCAUUAUCUGUGGAUUCUGUUGAAGACCAGCCCACUGCCCUGCGAGUUAGAUGGAAUCAACCGUCUGGCAACUGCCCCGUAGAUUAUUAUACAAUCCACUACGACCUGGUCUGGUUAUCGCAGUGCGAGAUACCAGACAGUAAUCGUACCCUAGCGGGGACAACAGAAGGCACAGAGUACGGCAUCACAGGCCUUUUUCCUUACUCUAGAUACAGAGUUGAUGUGACAGCUAGGACUUCAGUGGGAGAGGGGGACGGAUCUUACGUCUAUGCUUAUACAGCUGACGCGGCCCCAUCGCAACCACCGAGUGAUGUUGCCAACGCAGCAACAUUGAAACGAGGGUUAAGGUUUGAGUGGCAGCCACCACGCUGCCUGGGUCGCCGGGGUGUCAUCACGGGAUACAGGUACCGACUACUGGAUCUAGAAAGAGGAGGGGCCAAUCUUACUGUAAACACCUUCUCGUAUGAGAGGCAAGCUGACAUCAGCGGACUGGUACCCUACACGCUGUACUCAUUCCAAGUCUUAGCACGUACUGCAGCUGGUGAUGGUCCGUAUAGUGAGGCGAUAAGACUACGCACAGCCCAAGCAAAACCACCUGAAGUUCCCAUGGUAACAACCCCCAGCGGGGAUGCCACCUCCAUCACUGUUCGAUGGCACCGUCCAGACCCACCUCACGGGAUCAUCAUUGCUUACUACAUUCGCUAUGGUAUUGUCCUCCAAGGCAGUGAGGAAGUGAAAGUCACUGAAGGACUGAACGAUACCCUCCUUGAAUUUGUGCUGACUGGUCUGGUUGCUGAUAGCAACUACUCCAUCGAGGUCCAGGCAGAGACAGCGGUGAACAGAGGCCCGUUGAGUGUGCCCGUGUAUCGCAUAACUCAGGAAGGAAUUCCUGGCGAGCCAUCCUCACUGAGAGUUGAGAGCAAGACGCAGGAACAAUUGUCCAUUGCUUGGAAUAUACCAACAGAACCCAAUGGAAGAAUCAUUACAUACACGGUCAAGCAUCGAGUCAUAGAAAAACCAUAUGAUCCAGAUUUCAGUCCCAGCUUAACUUACGUCAAAUCACAGACACCACCAGACAUUCGAAAGAGUGAUAUACCUGGUCUUCAACCCGGCACAAACUAUGAGAUUUUGGUGUCUGCAUCUACUCAAAAGGGGGAGGGACCGGCGGCUGAGAUAGAGGCGUUUACUGAGCCAGCAUCAGACAUUCCUGCCCCAGUCCUACCCUCCGUCAAUCCGCAGACAUCCACAGGAACUCGCGUUGACAUCACCAUACCGGAGGUAGACAGUGCCUACAUUGUUUCAUACCUGGUCAAAGUGAAGAAAGUCUCCUCGAGGAGGCGUCGGGAAUCAGUCAACAUCAAGCAGGAAGAUAUCGGCAACUACAGCACCAACCCUGAGGAGUACUGGGCAGGGGAGAUCAGCAAGAGUGAACACUCUGGGAACUUUGUGGUUGGCGAUGAGAAGACAUACGGGAUUUAUUACAACCCGCCUCUACAGGAAGGGACCACUUACGAAAUACAAACCGGAUCUAGCAGCAAAACAGAUAAUGCACACAUUGUAGCCCUGUCAGAACCCCUCACAAUUACAGCUGGGAACUAUGGCCAACCGGACCCACCAUCACCUGAGGACGGGGGAUCGGAUGUAGGGACUAUCGUUGCUGUCAUCUUAGUGCUUCUGGUAGUUGUCGUGGUGGUCUUUGGAGGAGUGAUUAUAAUCAGACGGAGACGUGCACAGAAUACAGGGAAGCCCUUUGAGUCUGUGGGAAUGACAAAAAUUGACGAUUCCAAAUACAUCAAAAAGUCACCUCCCAGCCCUGAGCUGAAGCACGUAGCUUCCGAGGACGCCCUGACAAAUAUGACUCAAGAUGGGGCUCCUCGUCCCACCCCCUCGGGCGCAGCCACACUGCCAGCUGACAUACACCGCCAGCCGACAGCCAGGGUGAGGUCAUCGGGGCCGGUCAAGGUGGAGAAGCUCGCCGACCACGUGAAAGCCAAGAAGGCUAAGAGCAACGAAGGCUUCAAGCUGGACUAUGCAAGUCUUCCCAGCGAUCACAUACACUCCAUGGAUGUCGCCAAGAAAGAUGAAAACAAAACUAAGAAUCGCUAUGCCAACAUCAUAGCAUAUGACCAUUCCCGUGUGGUCUUGGACAAGCUGGACGCAGAUCCCCACUCUGACUACAUCAACGCCAACUACAUUGAUGGAUAUAAACAUCCCAAGAAAUACAUAGCAGCACAGGGUCCCAAUUCUUCAUCUACUAGGGACAUGUGGCGCAUGAUUUGGCAGGAAAAAACAAGGAUCAUCGUCAUGGUUACGCACCUGGUUGAAGGAGGCAAGAAAAAAUGUGAGCAAUACUGGCCUUUGAAAUCCAAAUCCUAUGGUGGGAUCGAGGUUGAACUGGAGAAGGAGUCUAAGCUGGCAGACUACAUUAUACGGACCUUCAAAAUGAAAAAGAAUGGUGAGGAGAGGAAGUUGAUGCAGUACCAUUUUACCUCCUGGCCAGACAUGGGCCUGCCUCAGUACGCAAGCCCUCUACUCCGCUUUGUAUUUGUGGUCAAGGAAGGCUGCAAUGAAGAGCCCAAUAUGGGGCCCAUCAUUGUGCAUUGCAGUGCCGGAGUGGGUCGCACGGGUACCUUCAUCACCAUCGAUGCCAUGCUGGACCAGGCCAAAGGAGAAGGGCAGGUGGACGUGCUGAAGUUUGUCAGCAACAUGAGAGACAAGAGAGUGCGAAUGGUCCAGACACAGGAGCAAUAUGUGUUCAUCUUUGAUGCUCUCCUGGAAGCGUUUCUGUGCGGCCAGACAUGGGUGCCUAUGGAAGGGUUGAGACGGGCAAUGGACAGGCUCAACACACCCAGCCCUAUUGGGAAAUCCACCUUGCUUCAAGAUGAAUUCACUAAAUUGGCAUCACUUCAACCCACUGCCAAGGCCGACCGGUUCCGAGGAGGGAAGGACCCUUUGAACGCUAACAAGAACAGGUUCCCUGAUAACUUACCAUUGGAUCGUGGACGACCCUACCUGAUGACGAUGGGUACCGAGCAGAGUACCAACUACAUCAAUGCUUCAUUCAUAAAUGGUUACUGGAAGCGAGAUGAGUACAUCAUUACCCAAAUCCCUAUGCCCAAUACCACGGUUGACUUCUGGAGUAUGGUGUAUGAUUACAACUCCUCCACUAUCGUCAUGCUGAACCCUCUAGACCCAACCGAUGAGACCAUGGGCAGGUACUGGCCAGAGAAGACCAUGUCAGCCUAUGGCCCGUACAACGUGCAGGUAGUAUCAGUGGAAUCCUACGAUGGCACUGUCUGUAGGACGUUCACGGUAGACAACAUGAACAAACCGAAGGAUGAAGCCCACACCAUCCGACAGUUUGAGUUCAACGGCUGGUCCUCAGAUUCUGAGGUCCCGUCCUCUGGCAUGUCCUUACUGAAACUGAUCAGCUACUUGCAGAGAUGGUUAGAGGAAGAUCACGGUGGGCCAGUCACAGUCCAAUGCAUAGAUGGAGUCCGUUGCAGUGGGCUUUUCUGUGCCGUUUUGGCCAUGCUGGACAAGAUCAAAGCGGAGAAGAUCGUAGACGUCUUCCACGCUGUCAAGAGCGUUCGUAACAACAGACCCUCUGCAGUUGCCACACUGGAGCAAUACAAGUUCUGCUAUGAGACGGCUGUAAUGCAUCUGGAAUCCUUCGACAUCUAUGAAAACUUCAGGUAGGAAAACCCUCACCGGAUAAGGGUUACCAGUUCUUGCAAGUACCAGGCCAGAAUCAUCGAAGAUUUAGGGCGCCUCUGGUCUUUUAAAGAUUUGUUGAUGAAAAUUUAUACCGUCUGCAAAUAUGGGGAGAAGUGGACAACGGUCAAAAUAUUGCACAGGUUAGCAGUGAUAGGAUUGAAUACCCGGCCAAGGUGCCAACAUGACGAGAGGGCUUUCAUAUGAUCACUCAGUGGCUUAUGCAGAAUGAUUUUUGUAUAUAGGAAUAUUUUUAAGGUAUGAGAAUAUUGACUUUUUUUGUCUGACUAAAAUCUUCUGAAAUAGUCCAAAACUUGAGUAGCAGUGCUGUCGGUCCCGAAUGUGGCAAUGACAUCCCUUUUCAGAAAGUCUUGAGUUCUCAGUUCCAAAGAAGUUUUCCAAUAUUAAGAAGUGGAGCCUGAACGAAGAUCAUGUAAGGGGCUCCACAACACAGUUAUGUCUUUCAUAUGUAAACUGCAGUCAGUUCUCUUAUAUAUUUAACGAUAUAACCAACCACUUGACAUUUAUGGCUGCAUGCAAUGAGUUUGGAAAGAGACUUCGCUAGAUAUAACAAUGUUUCAGAAAAAAUAUCAUAGUUGUUAAUUACGGUGCUGAAGAAUUUAGAUACUUUUUUCUCUGCAAGGCAUUUAGAAAGCAAAUAUCAUAAUGAUUAAGAAAUCAAAUCUCAUAAUGAUUAAGAAAUCAAAUUUCAUAAUGAUUUAGAAAUCAAAUCUCACAAUGAUUAAGAAAUCAAAUUUCAUAAUGAUUUAGAAAUUAAAUCUCAUAAUGAUGCUUGAAUCAUUAACUGUGGUGCAGUUCAAGUAAUUUUUUACAUGUGCUGACUUUGCCAAAGAUUACAUUGAUGAAUUUUUGCACAAGUUGUCGUUCAAAAGGGUGCUCUUAUGUAAAUGAAUGAUUUCAUUGACAAUGCUGCCGGAUUGAGAUGUGUGACUAUAGGGUUAUGAAUUGGUCAGUAUGGCUCAUAACACAUGGUGCUAAAAAUGUAGUUAUUAUUUCAAUUUAGUAGUCAUGAUCAAAUGAUUAUAUUUGAUUUCAAUUUGUUCUGUUAUCUUCACCAGGAAAUUUCAUUUGGCCUUUCAUAUCAAAAAUAUUUCAAAAUUCAACGCAUAAGUAACAAAUAAGCAUUAGUACGUUACUACAAAUGCGAUGUAUAAAAAUAUACAAUCAAGAAUGGAAUCUGGAUACAAUAAAACCCCUAAUUUAUAGUAAGAAGUCCUUGUAAUAAGAGAUUUUGAGCUAGAACAAGAAGCUACAAAAAUCUUUCAAUCUCAAAAAUCUCAAAAAUCUUUCAAUCGAGUCAAAUUUCUUUCUACUAAAGUCCUGCUUUAAAGCCGACUACUUUCAUUUGCAGCAGACUUGACGUGAAGUUUUGUCAAACGGGCCCAAGAUUAUUAUCAAUCACAUGCUACUCCUUUAAAUUUGCUUGUGAGGUACGUGUCCUUUUAAGGCAGCGGGCUUGUGCAAAUUGUGAAGAAUUUCUAAAAGAGUCAGCCUUAGUGUUAGGCUGGAUUCUAUAGAACAGGUGCAAAAAAUGAAAGUUUCAAAUGAGUGAACUUUUAAUAAGAUGGUCAUUUCGUCCUUUUAAAAUAAUCAAACCAAGUAACUAAGGUCAAGCUUAUUUGAAACCUUGACUUUUUCAGUACUUUAUUUAGAAUAGCUGUGGUUUGGCCUGCAAGUUUUUAAUCGAACAAGUGGUCAGAUGCCAGUCUGCUUCCCAAUGGCAUUGUGGGUAACAACACCUACUGCCCGGUUAUAUGUCCCACACACAUGCUUAUAUAGUCUGCCCUCAUUCUGUCUAUCAUUCGAUAGUAACAUCUCUGAUCGGUGGUGUUACAUGUAAAGCCCCGCCUACUAAAUACAUAAUUACACCAGUUUGAAUAGCCCCUCCCACCUCUUUGGUUUGCAUAUCUUCAUGCACAGGCGAUACUUCAUAAGUAGCCUUACCAGUUGUUGAUGUUAUAUAUUUUUGUAAUUGUUAAUUAAUGAGAUGGCUGUAUUUUUCUCCAAUGUAAUAACUGAAUACAUGUAUUUAGAAUAUUUUUGGAAAUAGAUUACCCACAUUCAAGCCUCCGAAGUUUUUAUAUUUAUAUGCAUUCGCCAACCAGAUAAAAAGAAGUGUUUGAUUUUUUUAAGUGCCAACAAGAGUUAAUUGUAAGUAAUUACAAUUGUAAUUUGUUUUCUCAAAUCAGAAGACUCGCUAAUUAUGGUGAGAAAUUAAAUUGUCUACUCCAUGUUCACAGGGCGACUGCCAUUUGACAGUUUACAGACUUCUUUAUAAUCCUUUUAAAGCUGUAAUAGUGUUAGCAACUGACGUACAGUCUUCGACUUGAAAUUAUUCGACUGGACUCGGUCUCAACCACGAAGUGCAAGCCACCCUCAGGCCUCCUAACCAGUAGGAUAUCCAGGAACUCCAAGCGUAACACAUUUGAGAUCUGGGGAAAAAUUAGGCCAACCGGCAAUUGCUGUAAAAACAAAUAUACUCGUCUGCAAAUGCAGAAAGGCUGGGCCUGGAGAUUGUUUUGUGUGCGUAAUUUUUUCGGGGGGGGGGUUCAACGUUUCUCUUUUGGAAUGCCCAUUUGUAGUAUAGCAGCAUUUAUUUCGUUAACAGAUCGUCUGUUCGUCGCAAUAUCCAGACAAACAGACAAUUCUGAUCGAUUCCUUCAUUUUAUAGGUCUGAAAUGCAAACCAGUCUUUGUGAAUGUCCCUGUACGUAUUUGUAAUGUAUGUUAUAAAAUUAAUGGUUUUUUUUCAUUGCGCGAAAAAAAACUACAGUAUUGUAUUUGAGGAGAUAAUAAGUGAUAUCGAGCUUUUGGGUUUUUAUUUACCUAUUUAUUAAUUUUUAUAGCAGUAACUUAUUUUGGCACUGAAAGGAAAUUCGAUUUUUUAAACAUCCCUAUCUUGCAAAAAAUGUAAGUGUAUUUGAGAGUCUCACUGGCGAUCAAGUAAUUGUUUCGAAUACUGUAUUUCACUACAGAUUUUCGAGUGACGUUAUUUGUAAUUGUAGCUGUUAUUUUGCUCCUUUAAAUAUACCGAUUUGGAAAUAACAAGGCAUGACGUUCGGUUUCAACGUAAACUGUGCUUAUUUAAAUUUAGGUAUGCACAUAUUUUGUACUUCAGUGUUCUUGCCAACAUAUUUUUAAAAUAUUUUGAUGCUUCCAGUGUUCCUGUUUUGGUAUGCAAUAGUGUUUGAAAUACAUUUGUAGUAGUUUUUGUGUUUAAAUUUGAAUGGUGACAUGAAUGGAGAGGUUUCAUUCCAUAUAUUUUGUUGGCUUCCAGAAAUGGAAAUGUGCUGCACUCUGCGGUUUCUGGACUUCAGGUUUGCCUGCAGGAAAUGCAGGUAUCUUUUGAAACACUUUGUUAUUGUGUAGUUUUUGAAUAGUCUUUCAGUCUUUAUUUCGUUUUUUUGUUCUGUUAAAAUGUUCCAACGUGGUGAAUUUGAGCCGGUCGGCAGAUAUGCCGAUUCGUGCAUUCAAAUUGGUCACAAAAUCAACCCGAGAAGUCCGUAGCAGUGGUUAGGAUUAAGUUAAAUGUUCAUAUUAUGUACUCAAUAUACUUACAUUCCCUUCGAGAUAGUUGCAACUACGUGUAUGGAAUAUAUAACCAAAUACAUUUGUACUGAUAAUGUGCAUGAUUUCCUAGUAUUACACAGCAGAAGAUAAUAUGCAAUUUAUUUUGAAAUUGUUCAUUUAGUACUAGUAUUGUUUCAGUUCCAAAGUAUAUAUUUGACACGAUGCAGUAAAUGAAAUGUUUAAAGGAUUUCAUGUAAGAUACACAGAAUGAUCGAAAUAACAAAGAUGUUAACGUGUAUAUGUUUCUCUGUUUA